AUGAUUCAAGUUAUGAAUUGGCUUUCAAUGGCCAUAGGCCUCAUUCCUUUGAAUCGUCAGGAAUCGGAAACCAAUUUUAUUGUCGAUUAUGCAAUGAUGUACAUUAUGCCGGUCUUCUAUGUGUGCUGCUAUCUUCUAAUUAAUUUGAGCCAUACUUUUGGACCUUGUUUCUUAGACGCGUGCAAUAGUGUUUGCAGAUUGAGCAACCAUUUGUUCAUGCAUCUCGGAGCCUUUCUGUACCUCACAGUCGCUCUGAUGAGUCUCUAUCGCCGCAAGGACUUCUUCCAGCAGUUCGAGGAGCGAUUAAAUGCAAUUGAUGCAGUUAUCCAGAAGUGUCAGCGCGUGGCGGAAAUGGACAAGGUCAAGGCCACCGCGGUGAAGCACGGCGUGGCCUACCACUUCACCUGGCUUUUCCUAUUCUGCGUCUUCACCUCUGCCCUGUACUAUGACGUCAGAUCUCUGUAUCUCACCUUUGGCAACUUCGCCUUCAUUCCGUUCAUGGUGUCCAGUUUCCCAUAUUUGGCCGGCAGCAUCAUCCAGGGCGAGUUCAUCUAUCAUGUGUCGGUCAUUUCGCAGCGCUUCGAGCAGGUUAACACGCUGUUCGAGAAGAUUAACCAGGAGGCGCGCCACCGCCACGCCCCCUUGACCAUGUUCGAUAUCGAGAGUGAGGGCAAAAAGGAGCGGAAGACCGUAACGCCGAUUACAUCCAUGGACGGCAGGGCGACAUUUGGCAAUGAGCACAAGUUGGCCAGCGAAAUGAAACGCCAAGUGGGCCAACAAAAGACCGAUGAGGACGAAAUGGACACCAGUAACGACGAGGACGAGGACGAUUUUGAUUAUGACAAUGCCACCAUUGCGGAGAACACGGGAAACACCUCGGAGGCCAACUUACCAGAUCUGUUCAAGCUCCACGAUAAAAUCCUGUCGCUCAGUGUGAUUACCAAUGGCGAGUUUGGUCCACAGUGUGUACCCUAUAUGGCGGCCUGCUUUGUGGUGAGCAUUUUUGGGAUUUUUUUGGAGACCAAGGUCAACUUUGUUGUGGGCGGAAAGAGUCGACUGCUGGACUAUAUGACCUAUUUGUAUGUGAUUUGGAGUUUCACCACCAUGGCUGUUGCAUAUAUUGUACUUCGACUUUGUUGCAAUGCGAACAAUCACUCGAAGCAAUCGGCAAUGAUUGUCCAUGAAAUAAUGCAGAAGAAACCAGCGUUUAUGUUGAGCAACGAUCUCUUCUACAACAAAAUGAAAUCAUUUACGCUGCAGUUUCUUCACUGGGAAGGUUUUUUCCAGUUCAAUGGCAUAGGCCUAUUUGCCUUGGACUACACUUUUAUUUUCUCGACUGUAAGUGCAGCCACGUCCUAUUUGAUUGUCUUGCUGCAAUUUGACAUGACUGCAAUUCUGCGCAACGAGGGCCUGAUGACAUAA